CAUCAAGCCAGCCUAUCACAAGCUCCGGAGCCAGCGACUUCCGCACAGGUGUGACCAAGGAACAUCGGCAAGCGCAUCACGGUUCGUCGCUUCUCUGUUCGGACCUCAGGAGGCAAUUUAGCAUCACUAAGCACAGCAAUGGCGCAUAUAUGUAUCUUGAUCUCGUUUCUGAGGGAUUGUUGACCUUUGCAACAAACGCCCAGUACUGAUCACAAUGGAUCCUUCCGCCGCAGAACUUGGCCAGCCGCAGCAAACACAACAUCACGAUAUUUCAUUGCAUCCACCGAACGACGUUGCUGUAGAACAUGCAAGGCAAUGUCGAAACAAACGGGGCUGGCGAAAAGUCGUGAUGAACCUUACGCCUGCAUGGUUCAGCGUAACCAUGGGUACCGGUAUUACCUCUAUACUCCUACACAAUCUCCCAUAUAAUGCGACAUGGCUAUACUGGAUCUCAGUCGUCAUCUUCGCAGCGAAUGUGCUCAUAUUCACGCUGUUGACAGUGCUGAGCAUCCUGAGAUAUACCCUGUUCUCAGGCAUUUGGUCUGCGAUGCUCGCACAUCCAGUCCAGUCCCUAUUCCUCGGCACUAUUCCAAUGGGUCUUGCAACCAUCAUCAACAUGAUCGUUUUCGUUUGCGUGCCAGCUUGGGGCCCUUGGGCUGCAACAUUAGCCUGGACACUCUGGUGGAUCGACGUCGUACUCUCGCUUGGUACGAACCUACUUCUGCCCUUCAUCGUUAUAUACAAACAUGAGUCCCAGCUCUCCAAAAUGACAGCUGUGUGGCUCCUGCCCAUCGUUGCGACCAUCGUUGCUGCUGCAACAGGCGGAAUCGUGGCUGGUGUUCUCCCCGAUACGCACGCCUUAUGGACGAUCAUCGUCAGCUACAUUCUGUGGGGGUGCGGUGUUCCUUUGGCCAUGUUCACCAUGGUCAUAUACUUUCACCGAUUGACGAUGCAUUCUCUUCCGCCGCGCGAAGUCAUUGUUUCAGUGUUUUUACCUCUUGGACCAAUUGGUCAAGGAGCGUUCGGCAUCAUGACUCUGGGACGCGAUGCCUUGAAGGUCUUCGGUCGAACAGAUACUGUUCCUGCCGCCAUGGACGACCUGGCUGGCAGACUUUUCUAUGCCAAUGGACUCAUGAUUGGGAUAAUUAUGUGGGGUUUUGGUGUAGUCUGGCUAUUUUUCGCCAUCGCCGCUAUCACACGAUCCAAGUUUCCCUUCAACCUGGGAUGGUGGGGAUUUACAUUUCCGCUUGGUGUGUACGCAACUGCGACCGUAGCCAUCUCUCAGGAGCUACCGUCUCUCUUCUUCAAGGUGCUUGGAACAAUUUUCUCGUUAUCGGUCGUGUUAUUGUGGAUGGUUGUCAGCAUCGGAACCAUUCGAAAUAUCAUCAAGGGCGAGAUGUUCGUCGCACCUUGCGUCAAGGGAUGGGAGGCACAACGUACAGAGAAAAUCCAAUGCGCAGGAGCUAGUGAGCAGAGCGUCUGAGCAGUGGAACUAAAAGCAGACUUCGCGCGCUCAAGUUGUCGUUCCGACUUUGGAUUGGUUAAAUUUCAACCUCUCUCUCGUUACAAGAAAGCGUAUUCAAGCCUCAGUGUUCUAACCCUUAUCUCUAGAGUGAAAGACGGUCGUGUCGUGGCAGACGUGGUGCAACAAAAUGAAGGCGUCG